CUCGCAGUUGUCUGGGAAUGUGUGACAAUACGAGUCGUUGUUUUUAGCCGAGAAACGUGCUUGUGAAAUCAAUUGAGAUUGACAAGUAUACAUUUUUUUAGUUGAAAAAAUUGUUUAUUUGAGUGACAAACUGAUCAUGGAGGUUGACGAAGAUCAGCAAUUUGAGGAUAGCCAGAACCAAAGAAGUAAAAUCAAGAUUAAAGAAGGUACUCCCUGCUUACCAGGACAAAGGAUUUGUAAGGCCAAUGAGUAUUUUGAAGCUGGGGAGGGGGCUUACGAAUUUGGAAAUUCAAUUUUCUCAUCAGUGCUGGGCUACUUACAUGUUAAAGAGUCUCCUGAAGAAGAGUUGACUAUACUUUCUGUUGAAAGGAAAGAUGAUAAACCUAGUUUCACUGCGCCAUUCGUGGGCGCUGUUGUAACCUGUAUUGUCCUCUCAAGAACACCAAAAUUGGCCAGAUGCUUGAUAACACACGUCGGCAAAGUCAAGCUUUCUGACAUGGUCAAAGGCAUUAUCCGAAGAGAAUAUAUUUCCGAGAAACAUCGAGAUUUGUCGGAAAUUGAAACGAGUUUUGGAAUAGGAGACACUGUUUUAGCACGAAUAGUUGGAAUCGGCGAUGGAGAUUUUAUUAUGUCAACUGGUGAAGAUAACCUUGGUGUUGCUCAGUCUGUUAGCAAAGCAGGAUUUUUCAUGGUUCCUAUCGGAUGGACAAAAAUGGAGUGUCCUCGAACUAGAGAAGUACAGCCCAAGAAAGUCGCCAAAAUUGUUCAAGAUAGAAAUAUUGAAUACUGGAGAAAAAGGAAUGAAGAACUAAAACUAAAGGACAGAGGGAGUGACGAGAUAUCAAAAAAAUUAAAAACGGAAUAUAACGAGACUGGAAAACGGCAAUAAAAAUUUAUUUCAAUAUUAAAA